AUGUCGUAUGACGACUCUGAGCUGAUAGAAGUCGACUCAUUUCCGGACGAGGGUUUCGCUGAAUCUAUCACCGAGUACGCAACCAGCAUCGCAUCAGACAUCCGUCGUGGCAUCGAGGAGAACGGCAGGACGUAUCCGGCAUUUGGCCGAAACGAGUACGGUCUACCUAUUGAUGAACAGGAGCAAGACCGAAAUGAUCUACAGCAUUGCAAGUUUGGCCUGAUUCUCGGCGACAGGUUGCAUCUUGCGCCUAUAGCCGAAGAACCAGCCAAUAUUCUAGAUCUUGGAACAGGUUCAGGAAUAUGGGCAAUUGAUAUGGCAGACAAGCACCCCACAGCCAACGUCAUCGGAGUCGAUGUCGCCGCAGUGCAGCCUCGAUGGGUGCCUCCUAAUUGCUCAUUCGAAAUUGAUGAUGUGGAAAGCGACUGGCUGUUUCGGCCCGACACAUUCGACUUUAUUCAUGGCCGUGAAUUUCUCCUUGCGAUCCGGGAUUGGGACAGGCUCAUAAGUCAGAGCUUUCACCACUUGAAGCCGGGAGGGUACCUUGAGCUAUCUUCGUCCUUCCCUGAGCCAGGAAGCGAUGAUGACACCAUACCGGCAAACAGUGCCUGGGUGCAGUUUACUGAAACAUUUUUCGAGAUUGGCGAGAAAAUCGGCGCCUCCGGCCAUGCUCCCAAACGCUGGAAAGCAAAGCUUGAGGCCCAUGGUUUCGAAGAUGUGCAAGAGUUCAUCUUCAAGAUUCCUUCGAGUCCCUGGCCGAGGGACAGACGACUGAAACACAUUGGCGCUCUCGAAGUGGCGAAUUUGGACAAAGGAGCAGAGGCACUACUGAUUCGCGGCAUGACUGGCGUCCUCGGGCGUCCCAAGGAGGAGGCGACAGUAUGUGUCAUGAUUGAUUACAACGCUCCAAACUGA